UGUUUGUUAUUGUUAUUAUUUUGACUGAAUAAUAUGUAUAGUUAUGAUUAUGUUUUUAUAAAUUGUGUUAAAUAGUAGAAAUUUUAUGUUUUUGAAAAAAACAUAAGCUGUUACAUUAAAAAACCUGGAACGAACAAAAGGAGAUUUAAUUAUGAAGGGCAUCGAAUCGAUGCUUCACAGAGAAGACUUUGGGUUAGGACCGAUCAGUUACAACUGUAUCGAGCCAAAUCUUUAUUUGGGUAGCCUAUCGGCUGCAAAGGAUAUUGACACAUUAAACAAGUUAAAAAUAACCCACAUUAUAACCAUAGACACAUGCCCUUUACCCAGAAAUAUUUUGGAGUUGAGCCAUAUUACAAACAUGUUUAUUCAGCUACCAGAUUUUCCUAAAGAGGAUCUGCUAAGUCAUCUUGAUAAUACAGAUGUUUUUAUUAAGGAAGGGCUAGAAAAGGGAGCGGUCUUAGUUCACUGCUAUUUUGGUAUAUCUCGAAGUGCCACAGUUGUUAUAGGUUAUAUCAUGAAGAAACAUCGGUUGACUUAUCAGAGGGCUUUUGAAACUGUUAAGGCCAAAAGGAGCAUUGUAUUCCCGAAUCAAGGCUUUGUAUCACAGCUAAAACUUUACCAGGAAAUGGACUAUACGAUUAAUAAAAGUAGUAUGCGAUACAAAAUAUUUAGGCUUAAUAUGGCGGCAGAGAGGGUCAGAAAAGUUAAAAUUUUGCCGCAGAAUUUCAUGGACUUAAUUCAGCCGGAUCCGGGACUUCCUCAGACCCAGCCACAUCCAAAUGUUUAUAGGUGCAAAAAAUGCCGAAGGGUUUUGGCGUCUGAAAACAAUUUAAUUGUGCACCAAGAGAACGGGAAAAAGUGUAUCAAAACCUACUUUUUAGAACCAAUUUCUUGGAUGGAUGUUACCCAGACCUUACAGGGGAAAUUGCACUGUCCAAAAUGCAAACAUAAAGUGGGUUCCUUUAGUUGGAUAAUGGGUUGCCAGUGUCCCUGUGGAGUACAGGUGGCUCCAGCGUUUUAUUUGGUACCCUCUAAAGUGGAUUAUACUAAUGUAGUGAAGAAUGUGGAAAUGACUUUUUAGGAAAAGGUGUACAGUGUUAUAGAUUGGGUAAAAAGUUUAUUUGAUUAACUAAGAAUUGUAAAUAAAUGACUAAAGAGACAAAAAGAGCUAU